AUGGGACUUUGUCAAUCCAAGUCAAGAUAAGAUAAAUAGGAAAACUUGAAACAACCCACGACGAAAAAAUAAGAAACCUUCGAAGUUGGACCAGACAAUUUUGCAACACUAAAACAGGGAUAAGUUACAAGUUAUUAUAGAGUUGAAAAAUCCCUUGGUCAAGGUGCCUAUGGAGAAGUUCGAUUAGUCAUUCAUAAAUAAACAGGAUAAAGAAGAGCAAUGAAGUAAAUAAAGAAAGACAAAAUAUUUAAAGAAGACGAAGAAAACCUAUUAAAUGAAGUCACAAUACUAAAAUAAUUAGAUCAUCCUAAUAUUGUCAAAUUAUAUGAAUUGUUCUAAGAUAAAAGUAGUUAUUACUUAAUUACUGAAUAUUUAGAAGGAGGUGAACUAUUAUAAAGAAUUUCGGAGUAUAAAACUUUCACAGAAAAAAUUGCUGCAGAAUUUCUAAAGCAAAUCUUAUCUGCUGUGAUGUAUUGCCACGAGAGAAAGAUAGUUCAUAGAGAUUUAAAGCCUGAAAAUAUUUUAUUAGAGUCCAUUAAAUAAGGAGCGAAUUUAAAAAUUAUAGAUUUUGGAACCUCAAGACGCAUCUAAGAGAACCAAUUUUUGACCAAAAAGUUAGGAACACCUUAUUAUAUUGCUCCAGAAGUUCUCAAAAAAAAAUAUAAUGAAAAAUGUGAUGUUUGGUCAUGUGGGGUUAUUUUGUAUUAAAUGUUAAGUGGAAAAUUACCAUUUGAUGGACAACAAGAUGAGAUCUUAUCCAAGAUUGACAUUGGAUAUUAUGAUUUUCCAUCUGAACAUUGGAGUGGAAUAUCAGAUUAAGCAAUUAGUUUAAUUAAAAAGAUGAUGGAAAAAGAACCCAAUAAAAGGAUUACAGCAAAGUAGGCAUAUGAAGAUCCAUGGAUUUAACAUAAUGUUCAUAUAGCCAAAAUUGAUGCUCGAUAACUGAAAAAUUUAUAAUCUUUCUAUAGUAAAAAUAAGGUAAGAACAGCAUUGAUGCAGUUUAUAACCACAUAAGUAAUGACAAACUAAGAAAAGGAAGAAUUGAUAACACUAUUUAAAUCAAUUGAUAAAAAUGGGGAUGGUUUAUUGAGUAAGGAAGAACUCCUAGCUGUAUACAGUUAGCAAUAUGAUCCUUUGAAAGCAUAAUAAAUGGUUGAAGAAGUAUUUGAGAAAGUUGAUAUCAACAAAACAGGAGCAGUAGAUUUUACUGCUUUUGUAUCUGCAGCAUGCUAACAAGAGAAAAUGUUAAACAAGAUUAAAUUAGAGCAAACUUUUAAAAUCUUUGAUAUAAAUGGAGAUGGAUAAAUAAGUAAAGAUGAAUUAUAAGAAAUAAUGGGAGGAAUAGACGAUUAAUUAUGGUAAGAAAUCUUGUAGACAUGCGAUGGAAACGGAGAUGGUGAAAUCUAAUUCGAAGAAUUUAUUACUUAUCUUGUUUAAAAGUAUUGA